CGUAAAAGGAUCACCAUGCUCGAAACUGGUAACUGCCCAAUACUUGUAGCAGGCGAAACUUCUUCGGGGAAGAGCACGCUUUUGAACCUUCUCCUUGGCAAGAAGAUCCUACCGGAAGCCCAUCUAAGCUGUACAGCUGCGAUAACAAGAAUAAAGUAUGGAGAAGAACCUAGAGUAUUCAAAGUGACACACUAUGCUGACGGCAGCAGAAAGUCGUCAGAAGUCCCCAUAAAGAAGCCUGAUGAUUUGUGCUCGGCUUUGGAGCCUGUUCUAUUCCCUAAGGGUGCAGCGAGGGAGGAUGAACUGGAAAAGUGCACUGUUGAUGUUUAUUUGCCGUUUGAACUGUUAAAGAGUGGUGUGUAUAUCAUCGACAGCCCUGGUAUUGGUGAGAGUGGUGUCAUGGAUGACGUGGUUCUUGACUUCAUUGCCAACAAUGACGUCUUUGCCUUCAUUUACGUCAUUAUGACUGAUAAGUCAGGCGGAGUACAAGAAGAUAGGCUCCAAAAAUUGCUGCGGCAACUUCAAGAUAUGAAGGAUACUGCUGGAGAGCCAAUAUUUGACCCUGGCUGUGCCAUUUUUGUCUGCAACCGCUGGGAUCUGGUGCCAGAGGACGCAAGGGAAAAGGCUUUAGAGAAUGUGCGUUUGGCAGUGAGUGAGGGCUGGAACCGGCCCAUGGAUUCAUCAAAGCAGAUAUUUACCUUUUCUGCUAAAAUGGCGUGGCAGCAUAGUCAGGCGGGGUACAUGACUCACGACUACAGGCGACUGGUCAGAGGCAUCAAGGGCCUGAUUCCAGUGAGUUUGCAAAGAAGGACGGAGCAUGUGCACCGAUGGGGCAAACAUAUGGUAGAGCGCACCAUAGAUUAUGCCCAGCAGUAUCUUCAUUCUGCCAAUUUGACUAGGGAUGAACUUGAGGCUCAGCACAACUCACAGAAGAUACGGUUGGACAGACUUGAGAAAAGGUCGGAAGAAAUUUUGAAAAAAUUAGAGGACCAUCUUUAUAAAGAAUGUGAAACCAUUACUGAUUCUUUAUCUAAAUAUCUUGGCAGCGAACCUGUCUGUGAUCGAGUUACCUCUUGGACCAAUGCUGAAGCUCCUUAUGGGAUUAGUUGGAACUAUUUAGAAGGUAGAAUAGAAGAUGCCAUUUGUAAAAGAAUCAUUGACGCCAUCAGCUCUUGGGAAACGGAGAAAAAACAUUUUGAAACCCUGAAGAAAGACUUGUUCAAGAAAUUCACUAGAGAAUUCCAGUUAAUUGAAUCUGAGCUGCGAAUGAUUGAAAACAUGUUGGAAAGGUCCUCAGAAACCGAUUCUAGGGACAGUGCAGAUUUGGCAGCCUAUAUAGAAUUGCAAGACCUAAUGGACAACGAGGUGAACAAAAUGUCGAUUGUAGACUUAAACCUAGGUGACAAAAUUGCACUCGGUUUAUUUUCACCAAUCAUUUUACCCAUUGGUGCGUUGGGUAUGCUUCUCGCGUCACCGGCUUUUCUUUUUGUUGACGUAAAAAAACAUGUAAGGAAGAGGAAAGAGAAACAAAUCUUAAAGCAAUAUGAGCAGAAAAAAUGUGAAUUUCUUCGAGACAGAUCAUCCGAGGCUUUGAAAAUAAUGGCUAAGCCAGAUGUUACAAAGGCCUAUGUCGAUGCUCAACUCCAAGAGGCCAGGGAUCAUCUACAGAUGAUGCGCGAGUCCAUUCCACAGCUUAUAUCAUCAACACGAGACUACAUGCAGACCAUUAAAGAAGACCAACGGUCUAAGGAACAGCUCAUCGCCACCUAUGACCCUGUCGUCAAGAAGUUUACCAGAGUUAACCGUGCGCUGGAAGAUUUUGCUAUUACACAUCUUUUCUCGUAUGAUUAUAACGAGACAGAUGUGGAAGCAGACAUCAGACGUGUUAAAGGGCAAACGUCAUAUAAAGGGAACUGGACUGAAGUUUUUCCUGCCAUCUUAAAAUCUCCAAAGGGUCAAUCCCUCAAGAUAUCUGUAAAACGAUAUAAAUGGGCUACAUGUGAGAAGCAAGUUCGUGAGGAAAUCAUUGAAAUGAGAAAAAUGAAGCAACAAAAGAGGAGAUUCAUUCCCACCAUACUGGGUACUUAUUUGGAUUCAACAAACGAACUGCCAGCUCUUAUCAUGACCCCGCGUCUGACCAGUUUGAGGGUCCUUAGCAGUGACAAGGGCGCAACUAAAGUCAUCCGGAGUCAGCUGGUCCAUUAUUUACUCAAAGAACCGGUAGAUUGUCUAAUCCAACUGGCGGACGCCUUGGCCUACCUGCACAAGAAUGGCUUCGUCUGUCUGGAUUUGUCUAUGGAUACAGUUAUGAUUACCGCUGGGAGGGAAAAAACCGUGAAGUUAGUGAACAUUAGCAAGCCUGUCACGAUGCCACCCCCAGAUCCCAACUCCCCCAUAGGGUCUAUGGUUUAUCUCCCCUACAGCGUCCUCGAUGGCACCAAACCCUACGAUGCAGAUGCCAACAUCUACGCCCUUGGGCUCAUGAUGUGGGAGAUAUGGCAUAAUGGACACGUAUACAAAAUUCACAGAAAUCUUGCAGUAAGAGUCUUCAGUGCCGGCAUCAGGCAGGGCAACUUCCCCCCAGAGUUUGAAACUGGUAAAAUGGACCCGACCUUGGAGGCAUAUUGGGAAAAGACCAUGAGGGCUUGUCUCUCCGGGGAAAUAGCCAUGAAAGACUGCAGAGUUCGGAUGCAUGGAAUAAAGGAUUUACUGAACCGAAAAGAAAGUGCUGUGUGA